CGUCUUUGCAGAUACUAUUUCAUUCGACGAAGACAUCACUCUGACACCAACGCCCAUUCCACGCAAGCUUCCGAAUGUGGGAAAACUCAAUGGCCACCACCAGAACGUCAACAGCCUUAAACUGAAGCCCGUUCCAGGCAGAACACCCACAACGACCCCCACUGUAACUGCCAAAGCCAGUAACAGUGCGACGAAGUCUGUGCCCAAAAAGUCACCGGCUAUGGCGAGCUCAUCAGCACCAGCUCCAGCACAAUCAUCGAGCAGCCCAUCGUCUGCAAACUCCUCCAAAUCUUCUGCAUCUCGGACGUCAACUGGCAAACCCCUUGCCAGGCCAAGUCGGAAACCAUCGACCGCUUCAUCAGUCGUAUCAACAACAUCCGCAGCCUCUAAUCGAUCCUUAAAAGAGGAACCCGUGCCGGAUGGACUAGAGCGAUGCACUAUCUGUGGACGGAACUUUGCUGAAGAUCGUAUUGGAAAGCACCGGGAGAUUUGCCAAAAAACUAAAAACAAGAAAAGGAAGGUGUUCGACACCACUAAGCACCGAGUGCUGGGAACCGAAGCGGAGAAAUACGUGCUUUCUAAGAAAAAGAUUGGAGCAGGGGCGAGUAAGAAAUCCAUUUCCGGAAUGUCAACUACUACCAAGGCAACUGGCGCAACCGCAGACAGCCGUCGUAAGAGCGACUGGCGCCGCAAGCACGAGGAAUUCAUUCAGGCCAUCCGUGCGGCCAAGGAAAUGCAAGCCCACUUGGCCAAGGGCGGAAAGCUUUCAGAUUUGCCACCGCCACCGCCAUCGGAGAACCCGGACUACAUCCAGUGUCCGCACUGUUCGCGCCGUUUCAAUCAGACCGCUGCUGAACGACACAUUCCGAAGUGCGCCACCAUGCUGCACAACAAGCCGAAGCCGACCGCGAAAGCGAAGCGAUUCUAACCGCGUACUGACGCACUCAUCAGUCAGCAUCCAUUUGUUAUGUAACGCUAAACAUACGAAUUUCCAACUCCUUUCCCCCUGAAUACUUUUUUAUGUGAAAUUUAUAUUUCCUUCUAAUGAGCCAUUACGUUCCUGUGAACCUCUUUCCAAUUCUUUGGUUUUAUGUAACUUAUGGAUGGCGCCUCAGCAAAAUCCACGUAACUCCUCCACAUAUGAUGUAUACCUAAUAGCAAAUAUUAUUUGUAUUUUUAACAUUUUUCUGCUGUGACACGAAUGCCUGUAUAUAUUUAAUAAUCAUCUCAUUGAGAAAAUAAAAAUCAAGUCUUGUAUUAAUAAGUAUUAUUAACAGCUCCUAUAUUUCGAACGAAGCCGAAAAGCGAAAGGCUGAUUGAUAAUAAAGCUACAAUUGAAAGAAUA